AUGGGUGGCUACGCGAACGCCACCGCAGUGUCUUUUCAGACCGGUCCUCUCGCGCAGCGGCGUAAUGACGAAACCGCGUGUAAAAACGCGGCGUCGGCGGCGGCGGCGGCGGCGGCGGCGGCGUCGGCGUCGGCGGCGACGCGCCGAGUGGCUCGAAGCGGAAAACCCGCCGUAAUGAAGUGCUCUGUGAUCUGUGACCCCAACCAAGAUCUCACCGAUGGACAUGCAGCAUUCAUCGCCCUCUUAGGCGAUUUCAGGAGCGCUAAACACAAUCGACGAGGUCCUUCAACAGUGCUCCCCAGAUCACCCGACCAACAUCUCAUCUUCCAACAACAUCCACCUUCGGCCCAACACCAUGUACCAAAUAAACCAACAUCAAUGGCAAGGACCACCACAGCAGGUUUUCGCCUCUGUCAACGAAAGCCAGCACCGAUGGUUGUACAUGAAACAGAUCCAACAGACUUCAAAAAGUCCUGGGUGAAUUUAUCAAAAUCUGUGUAA